AUGGCCACGCGGCCCGAGUCCGACGACGCCAAGUACCUUGCGCCUGCGCUCGCCAGUAUCCCCGAGUCGCUGUCGCUGCUCGGCCUCAGCCCGGAGACGCUCGCGAUGAGCUUGGGGGAGUCGCUGGCCGAGCGUUACCUGGCCACCAUACGCCCGAAGCCGAGCGUGCCCGUGGCUCCCACCGGCUGCGGCGUCCCCCGCCGCACCGCACCCGAACCCGCGCACCUCCAACUCUUCUCGAACGACUUCAUGGACUACCUUAACCAGAUCGCGUAA